CUAGAGAAGAAUGGGAAAGUGGAGAAGGUCCAGGCGUAUUUUCGCCUAGAGAAGAAUGGGAAAGUGGAGAAUGGUUGUAGAGGAGUACGUAGAGGGGGACUUCAAGAUCAAUGCAAAGAAGUGCGAUUGGGCGAAGACCCAAGUUUUGUAUCUAGGCCACGUCUUAGACGGAGACGGCGUUAAGCCAGAAGAUAGCAAGAUCGCAGCGAUUAGAGAUUGGCCCACGCCACGUACGCUGACAGAGUUGCACUCGUUCCUGGGCUUAGCGAAUUACUCCAGGAAGUUCGUGAGGAACUUCUCCACCAUCGCUGCGCCCCUUCGCAGAUUGCUAAGAAAAGAGACAAUCUGGAAGUGGGACAAGGACUGCACGUUUGCCAUGAAGAAGCUAAAGCAGGCGUUGAUAGAGUAUCCGGUCCUUAAAGUCGCCGAUCCGUCCUUGCCUUUUGUCGUUACUACGGAUGCUAGCCAGUACGGCAUAGGCGCAGUGUUACAGCAAGACGAUGGCAAUGGCUAUAGACCCGUAGAGUUCAUGACCGCUAGGAUGCCUUCAGAGAAGGUUGCGACAUCUACCUAUGAGAGGGAACUCUACGCUCUCAGGCAAGCAUUAGACCACUAGAAGCACUACUUG